AGUACAUGUAAGUCAAGUUGAAAGAUGACUGAAACAACUGCUUUAACAUUUUUAAAAAUAUUUGUAUUAUUGAGCCAGUAUGGUAUUAUUCAUCAAUACCACGGGCCAACAGUACAAUUCACAUAACUCAAAGUAAUAAAUUAAAAGUCAGCGGAAACAAUUAGAGUUUAAAAGAAAAUUACUAAAUCAGACUGAAUAUUUGAUUAAUUCAGUAAUUAUCAUGGUGAAACCACUAUACACACUAGCUUUAAAUAAUAUUCGUUUGAGAAGAUCCUUAAUCAUGGAAUGCGUCAAACUCGAGUCGAGGAAGGACCCAAUGCAAGAUAAAGUUUUAAAAGUACUAAUUGACAAAAAAGAAGUGGAUAUUAAUGCAACUGAUCAAUAUGGUGAUAAUGCGCUAAUAUGUACUGUACGUAAUAAUGAGAUAAAAUGCGUAAAGUUGUUGCUUGAUUAUGGUGCUGAUGUAAAUGCUGUUAACAACUAUGGUCAGACUGCACUGAUGUAUGCAGCAUCAGUAAAUGAUUCAGUUGAAUGCGUCAAUCUGCUCAUUGCAUAUGGUGCUGAUAUCGAUGCUAGGGAUAAUGACGGGACGACAGCUUUGAUACUCGCGAAAUCUGAAUGUAUGUGUUUGCUGGUUGACAAGGGGGCAGAUGUGAACGCAUCCAAUAAAAUAGGACUCACUGCACUCAUGCGGGCUGUAACGUUCAGCAAUACAGCGCCCAUGGAAGCAUUAUUGGACAAUGGUGCUGACGUGAACGCUUCUAUCAAUGCUGGACCGAACACACUAUAUAACCCUGUCUCCCAAUACAAUGCUGACUCAAUAUUGUUGCUUAACUAUGGAAUAAACGCUCUCUUCCUUGCUGUAGGUAAUGACAAACCUGACUCAGUACGCUUACUUAUCAAGAAAGGUGCUGACGUCAAUGUAUGCGGUCCUGAUAAUGAAACGGUAUUGAUGCGUUCUGUAUGUAGUCCAGAUCUAGCUUGUCUAAAACUGCUACUAGCAAAUGGUGCAGAUGUCAAUAGGGUUGACAAUGAAGGUAAAAAUGCUAUGUCGAUUGCAUUCGAAUAUUUUGAAUUUGGAAUGGAAACAUACAGAGACGUCUGCAUCCUUGCUUUGUAUGGAACUCCAUUUGAUGCUGAACAGUUACUUGCUUUUAAGAAGCUCACUUGUAAGGGUGAAUAUUCAAAACUAGGAGUGAUGUUAGAAGACUACAAACAACUAGACCUUCAACAGCAAGUGAGACUCCGUGUGUAUCAAUACACCACACGCGUCUGUCGGAAGACAUACUCUGGAACAAUUGAUACUCUCAUUAAAGGAGGUGAACUUCCAGAGAGAUUUAGGUCGUUUAUGUUAUUCGAAGAUGACAUUGAAGAUAUACUAGAUGUGAAUAGAGUGGGUUGA